GAUACUGGAUUUUCAUUGGUCGAACGUCAGGGUGGAGGUGGAUCCAAAUGACACCGUGUAAACUGCUGUUGAAAUUCCAGUGCUAACCAACUUGAGCCAGCCUGGUAAUGUAGUAAACGCUUAUAAAUGUGAAAAAAGCUCAAACAACGCAGCUGAUUUAAUGAAAUGCUGAUGAAAUGUACAAUAGAUAAAUCACAUUGAUGGUUCCUACUGCUGUUCCGGCACUGCUGCUGGGUCAUGUUCAGUUAACCAGAGCCCAGGACUCAGUGGAUAACGAACCUGAUCAGCUAGCCUGCCUGCCUGGUCCCGGUUCCGGUUCUGAGUGAGACAUUUGGCGGGUGUACGUUCCGGAGGACAGCCGAAUGCUGUGACUACGAUGAGCCCCGCAGGCUGCCCCCAUGUCAGCGGCUUCAAAGUGGAGAACUGGAAGCAGAACCUGAGGCUCAUCUAUCAGUGCUUCGUGUGGACCGGUUCGACUGAGACCAGAAAACGAAAGGUAACACGAGACAGAAGCGACAACAAAGAAAUCCUGGAGAGAAAAUCCCGACCCCUGUUAGAGAAACAACUCCACCUUUCAAAUAAACACUGCACAAUCCGACUACACACAAAAACAAGGGUGUACAGUCCAGACAAAACCAGACAGGCGCAGAUCAGACAUAUUCAGAUUACCGACGAUGUCAAUCCAGUUUAAGAGCAUAACAAACCGCCAGCAUGUCACCUAGCUGGACCGACACAGUCCAGCAUCAGCCCUAUUCAGGGCAGCUAGACCACCUCACCCCACAGAGAGCGGUGCAUCUGUUUACAUCAGCACCAGACUGCAGGGGUGUCCCCCUUUACAAAACCAGACUGUCCGUGCACAUCUAUCUCAGUGGUGCUAUCUCCUCACUUAGGGACCAUGGGCUGAUUUCUAAUAAAGCUCCAGUUAUAAAUAAUAUCUGACACGAAAUGACCCGCCCAGAAUGGCUGUCUUUGACCUGCAUCGUCGGCUCUGCAAGGUUUAGGUUAUAAAGCAAUAUAAUGUGCCUGAUCUCACAGUUUAUGUUGGUUUGUUGUACAGAACUAUAUAAUGAUGAUUUUGAGCACAUCUGCACAUCAGCUUAGCAGAUUUUGCAGCUCAUGGUCAGAUGUGGCAGAAUCUGCUGCUUUAUUUGUGUCCUGUAGGACUGAAACACCACAUGGUUCCUGUGCUCUACCUGAAAGUCCAAACUGUUCUAUUAGAUAAAAAUCUGUCCACGAAUCAGCCUACAACUAUUACCAUCGAACCUGAGAUAAAGGGUCCCAGGUUUUAGUAAGGUCAGACAGAAGCAAUUUUUUAUUCACCUGUCAGUCCUCAGAUUGAAUAUGGAGUCUGAUUAAAAAAAAAUGUUGAUGGCCUCUGAAUUAGCUCUGUGCUUUUUGAAAUGCUGUUUCUGUAUUCAUUUAUGUUUAUUGUGUUGUAUGUGCUAAAUGAAUCUGCAGCAAAGAAAGCUGGAUUCAAGACGAUGUCCAAUCAAAAUUAAUCUCUAAGAUUAGAUGAGAUUGGAUUGGCAAGAAUCUCUGAUCUGUAACAUCAUAAGAACAUAUUGCAGGUACGAUGAGAUCAACUUUUGCUGUCCCACAAGUUUAAAAUUGGUUGUAGGCUGUUCGCUCAAGCUCUAGCAUAUAACAUACAGCAUGCAGCAUGAUACAAUACAAUUAAUGUCAAAAUGGCCCUGAUGGUGUGUUAAAUGCAACAUAAGAACAGUAUCAUUAAUAAUAAGAGUAAUACAUUUAUGUGCCUUUCAAAGGAUCCGAGGUUGCGAGUGGGAUGACACAGUAAUAAUAAUCAUAAUUAUUAUUAUGAUUAUUAUUAUUAUAAUAAUUAAGACUGUCUUAGUGACUCUAAUGUAACGUGAUGAUUUAAAGUUAAUGACACAGAAAGAUAGAGGACAGAGAAGAAGGGAAAGGUGCUCUAUGAGCCAGCACCCUGGUGGUCUUAACCUAUAGCAGUAUAGCUAAGCGCUGGUCCAGACCUAAACCAGGACUAACUAUUAGCUUUGUCACACAGGAAAUCUAUAAGCCCACUGUUAUAGGUAGAGGGGGUGUCUGCCCCUCACACCUGGACUGGUAGAUGAUUCCAGUGGAGAGGUGCCUGAUAACUGAAAACUCUCCCACCCAGACCACUUUCGAGGAGCAGACCUGCGUGUCUGACCUGCUCUAAUGGCACAUUAAUAUACUGAAUGUUGUUACUCUCAAACUAGACAAGCAGAACGGGGUUCAGAUGUUGAAGAUGCUGGCCUUGUGUUUUGAAAUUGACUUCCUGAUAUUUCGUAACCAUCCUGUCAGAUUUUGAAUUGUAUUCCCUUUUUUUACUUGGUUUUAGAUUGCAUACAUAUGUACACUAUUUAGUAAAGGUAAACCAUUGCUACCGUCUCAACCUCAAGUUUAAAAUGUCAAUUUCUCAAGGAAAUCAAAGUAUUGUGAACCUGAUCCCUUUGUGAGAGAUCUACUCAAAUUAGCCCCUGACCCUGCUGUCACUGUCUCUGUCUGUCACUGAAGGAGCUGUUGAUGUUGUGAACAUGUGUCUAUUGGUGCAGUAACAUCUCCUUUGUCUGCCUGUUAAAGACACUUUUUUCUUGUUUUCCCUCUCUUCCAGGCUAAGUCAUGUGUCUGCCACAUGUGUGGUGCACACCUGAACCGGCUGCACUCCUGCCUGUACUGUGUCUUCUUUGCCUGCUUUGCCAAAAAACACAUCCACGAACAUGCCAGGAACAAGAGGCAUAACCUAGGUACAGGUUACACACUAAACCUUGUACACUAAUGUGCUGCAGAUUUGUAUUUAUGAUUCUGCACAGGGUAUUCACAGGACAUCUAGACCUGAAAUGGGGAGAGUGUGUGGAACUACUCUAUGAUAAAUGAAUAUCAGACUUUUCACAAGCUAGACUACUGCACAGCAUGUAAUCAAGGAGCUCGAAAUGACCUCAGGAACCCUGUUACAGGGAAUUUAUUAUGCAUGCAUUGGUGAACUUACUUGUUACACUGUAAACCCAGAUAAGUUGAUUCUACUUAAAAAUUUUGAGGCAAGUGAUUGCACUUAAGUGAUUUAAGUAAUGAGUGCAUUAAUUAAGUAAUUAAGUAAAAUAAACGCAAAUACCAUAAGGAAUGGAAUAGAUUACUUGAGUUAAAUACACUGAUAGAAAAGUUAUUUGAACUCAUAAUCUGGAAUAAAAUUCAUACCUAUUCAAUUCACUUUUUUAAGUGACCAUAACUAAUUUUCUUAUGUGCAUUUAGCUGUAUUUGGCUUUCACUAAACUCAAAAUUUUAAGUUAUGCUAACUCAAAAAUACAUAACACCAAAAGUUGUCAUUAAAGUUAAUUGACAUUUGCCAAAAACAGGACAUAACAACAGCCACAAUAAACAUAAAAUAGAAAUAAUGUAACAUUAAACUAUUAUAUGAUUACACGAUUUUGGGUCCCACUUUCUUCAAAGCAGAGGAUGGCUACUGAAAUGUCCAAGGAGUCUGCAUCAUGAAGAUCCUAUGAGUAACAAGAAAAUAAAAUGAGAUUUUCAUGACAAUUAGACUUUUUAAAGUAGGUCACUGAGUUUUUUGAGAAAAUGCUGUUGCUCUUUUGCAAAAAAAGUGAAAAGAAUAGGCUGUAUUGACUAAAUGAGAUCGUGUUGGUUCGUUCCACUGUAGUGGUGCAACAUAAACUGUGAUUUAUAAAAUAGCUCUAUUGAUAGUAAGUACUAAAAAGAAAUAUCUACUCAUGUCAUCCAGCUGAUUUUUAGUAGUCAGUGUUUCGGUGUCGAACUAUUUCCUUUCUGCGGCGUAGUGAUACUUGCACACGCGCAAUCGAAUAUGCAAAGGGGUGAAGCAAUUUUUGUCACGUGGACCACGAGCCGAGUCUCGUUGCCAUAGUAUCAGAACAACACAAACAUAGUGACAAGCGCAUCUAGCAGCGAUACAAGCGAAGAGCAAGAAAAGAAAAGGAAAAAAAAGAAAACAGCCUUCAAAAGUGCAUAAAAACGAACGAAACGAUGCUGUAUGCAUCUAUCAUCUGUCCAGAGUGAAGACGUUCUCGGCUUUGCAAGGACACGUUGUGAAACUUACAGAACUUGUAUUAGAAAGUGGCUUUCUCUACAGGGUGAGACAAAGGACCUUGCAGAAACUUAUAAACAUUGCGUUGAUAUCGACUUUGACAAUGUUCCUGAUGACGCUGGGUUUCACUUAACAUGCUACCAGCGAUUUAUUUGCAAAAGGCGUUUGAGAAACAAGAACGUGAUGCAGCCGAGGGUCAGUCAAACCCUUCAGGCAGCAUCGCCGAUGCAUCCACGUCCACGGCACCUGAUACUCCCCAAAAGAAACUUCCCUCGAGGUCAUAGGCUGUAUUGAGACAAAGGAAAAAGUGCCUAGAAAGUGAAUUUCGUUCCACUACGCUGGUGCUACUUGUUCAAUGCAUUUUUGCAUAGACAAUACCAUUCUGGACCUUGGGUUAAAAUGUCUACUCAGACUAGGUCCGACUUUUGUCACCAGCCAGAAAUGUAUGAGUAGCACAAAAAGCAAUUAUAUGGUGCUGCUGUUGUUGCUUGUAGAAACUGCUAUGUUGAUUCUGGCAAGACAAAAUCUUUCUCAAAUGUCAUAAAUACAUCUACCUAUCAUCUGAAACAGUUACUGGUGCCUUAGUAUACGCAUAAGUGAAUUCAGAUUAUGAAAUGUAGCAAAUUUCUUGAGAAAAACGUCUCAACUCAAGUGAUUUGCACCCAGCACAAUGAAAUAUAUACAGUAAAUUUAGCUAAAAGCUUAUGUUUCAUACAUAAAAAUGACACAAUCUACUGUGUAAUAAAGGCAAUAAAAUAUAAAUAGCACACCAUGGCCAUAAAUGGCUGAAAGUCAAUCAAAUUGCUACCACACCCCUAAAAAUUGGAAUAAUGGAAAAAAUGUAACAAAAUGCCACCCAUUGUGCAUCCAUACAUUCACAGGUUGUGACUCGACCAGUGCCUUUCAUGGCAAGGGCAAAAGAAAAACAUUUUCUGUUUCUAGAGAGCAAACUGCAUGAGAGCAAACUACCAAGCAUCGGUGAUGAAACGUUCUCUGACUGGUAAAAUGUGUGCCCCUUCACCCAUUGGCAAUGGGUGGCACAUUGAGGAUGGGGAGUUGGCAGUGACAUGGAUGACUACAAAUCCUGCCCCUGAUAGUGUUUUGCAGAUUGUCCACUGUAGUUGCAAGACAACUAAAUGUGAGACUGAACGAUGUUGUUGUAUGUCUGCAAGACUAUCUUGUACAGAUUUAUGUCGGUGCCAAGCAUGUGGGACUGCUUCAAAGGAAACAGAAGAAAGAGCUGUAUGGGAUAAUGACUCUGAUGAAAGUGAUAGUGAUGCUUAAUAUAUGCACCAUGUCACCAUGUACAAUUUGUUUUGUUUAAAGGAUUGCUACACCGAGAUUUGAGAUUUUUAUUAUUUUUAUAUUUGUUUUAUAAAGAAAUGCACUUCUGGAGACAGUGACUACUGUGAAUAGGGCAGUUGGCGUCCAGGGAAGACUGGAGGACAAGACUGGUGGCGGUAGGGAAGACUGCACAGGGAGAAGGGCGUUGGUAACCCUACCUUCUAGUUUCCCGAACAGGAAGACACCCAAACCAACCACGAAAACGAGAGAGAAGAAACAGCCCGAAGGCCCUCCGAGAGGCGGGAUGGAAGAAGGACCUGCCAGGACAGAUCACAUGGUUACAGACACUAGCAAGACGACAAAAGAGACCAAGCCCCUUAGGAAGUGCGGGUGCGGAUGGGAAAGAGUAACAACACUUAGGGGCCUGCAUAUCCAUAUGGGGAAGAAGAAGUGCAGAGGAGAGAGCCUCAAGCGACAUUGCACUGCUCAGGCAGGUCAGACAAGUGGGAUCCAAGGCCAGGUUGAAAACCACAGCGCUGUCGCGCCCAGGGUCAUAGAGGAAGGGCUUGGCGAGAGGAGGCAGGAGGAAGAGAGGGAAUGCAGUGACCCCCAAGAAACUAUCCCAGCAGCACCCCCAAGCAACCCAGGAACAAGGCCAUCCCCACAAGCCAGAAGCCUGAAAACCCUAGUGCAGAGGAACAGAAUCAAAUGGCCAAAGUCCAACGAGACAGAGGAGUGGAGUAGGCUAGAUGAACAUCUGAGCGAGCUACUCCAAAAUGCUCUGCAUGGAUCAGUGGAGUCAAGGCUGAACCUGUUUGGCGAGAUUCUGUACAAGGAAUGCAGCAGCAGACUUGGCGAAAUUGUCAGCCGGACAGCUGGAAUAAGGGCCAAGGGAAGGAGGGAGAAGGAAAUUGAGGACCUGGUGGCAGAAAGAAGGCGUCUCCGAAAGCUUUGGAGGAAAGCAGAAGAGGCCGAGAAAGAGGGUCUAAAAGCCCUCUGGGGAGACAUCAGAAGAAGGCUGGCUGCCCUACGAAGGGCCGACCGCAUCUGUCGAUGGAGAAAAAGAAAGGAGAAGGAGAGGGCGAACUAAUUCAAAACUCCUUUCAGGCAUGCACGAAGCCUUCUGGAGGAAAAAACCAGUGGAGUAUUAGAGAUCUCCAAGGAUGACCUAGAGAAACACAUCCAAGCCCAGUAUAGCGACCCAGCCAGGAGCAAAUGACUGGGUCCGCCAGGCUACAUACCCAAGCCAGCUGAACCAACUACAGAGUUCGACGUAACACCCCCCAAACUCAGCGAGAUAAGGCAAGUUGUCCACAAGGCAAGGUCAUCAUCAGCACCAGGGCCAAAUGGAGUACCAUACAAGCUGUAGAAGAACUGCCCAAAAGCACUGAAACUCCUGUGGACACUCAUGAAAACUGCCUGGGCUGAACAGUCCAUCCCCGCUGAGUGGCAGAGGGCGGUAGCAGUCCCAAUCCACAAAGAGCGAAACUCAAAAACUCUCGACCAGUUCAGAAGUAUAGCCUUGCUGAAUGUUGAGGGGAAGAUCUUCUUUUCAGUAAUGGCGAGAAGAAUGACCGCAUACCUCAUGGCCAACGGAUAUAUAGAUACCAAAUGUCAGAAGGCAGGGAUUCCCGGCUUCCCAGGGUGUGUGGAGCACGCCUCAAUGAUUUGGGAUCACAUCCAGACAGCAAAGAGGGAGAAGAAGGACUUGCAUGUAGUGUGGCUAGACCUAGCAAAUGCAUACGGCUCAGUGCCCCACCAACUCAUCGCAUUCGCAUUGGACUUCUUUUUAUAUCCCUAGCAACAUCAAGGCCAUGAUAGCAAGCUACUUCCAGGACAUGCACAUGUGCUUCAGGCUGCAAAACAUCACCACCAAGUGGCAGCAGCAGGAAGUAGGCAUUGCCAUGGGGUGUUCCAUCUCCCCCAUCCUCUUUGUGGCUGCUUUUGAGGUCAUUCUAACAGGAGCAAGGCAGGUGGUGGGGGGGGUCCAACUACCACAGGGCCAAUGACUUCCCCCAUUGCGGAGUUACAUGGAUGACAUCACAUGCCCGCUACAAACAGCUCCAUGCAUGUCGAGACUGCUCAGGAGAUUGGAUAAACUGAUCGGCUGGGCCAGGAUGAAGUUCAAACCGGGCAAGUCUAGGAGCCUCUCGAUGCGCAAGGGAGAAUGUAACAACAGGGCUUUGUUCACCAUAGGAGGAGAAAACAUUCCCCUCAUUGCAAUCCGGAGCCCUGGGAGACAAUACACAGCCAGUCUCUCAGACAAGGCGAUGGGGAGGACCAUUCUGCAGCAGCUAUCAGCAGGCUUGGAGAAGAUCGAUUCCAGCCAGUUGCCCGGAAAGUACAAGGUGUGGUGUUACAACUUCACCUUGUACCCAAGAGUAAUGUGGCUGCUGAAGCUCUGCGAAGUCACCUCCUCAGCUGUGACUCAGAUGGAGGCAAAAGCCAAUGCCUUCAUCCGUAAAUGGCCGGGUCUCCCAAGGUGCUUCUCAGCAACAGGCCUGUAUGGAUGGAACGCGCUCCAACUACCAUUAAAAUCCGUCACCCUUGGGUACAGGCAGGAGAAGGCCAGACUAGUCAUGGAGCUGGGGGAGUCUUCUGAUGUGGCGGUGAAAGAUCAGUGCGCACAGGUCAAGACAGGAAGGAAGUGGAAGGCGGAGGAGGAGGUGCAGAGGUGCAGCAAGUAGGCUACAACACCAGGAAGUGGUCGGCAUGGUCCAGCUAGGGAGGGCAGGCUUUGGAUGGAAGGAGCAACCCCGCAUGUGGUCCAGAGCAGGCAGAAAGGAGAGGAAGGACCUGGUGGCUGCUGAGAUGGCCAGGAUGGAGCAGGAGGAGCUCAGAGUCAGAGCCAUCGCUCAGGGCUAGCAAGGCCGCUGGACAACAUGGGAGGGAAUGGCAAGAAGAACAGUCAGCUGGGCGGAUUUCUGGAAGAUUCCGCAGGCCCGCCUCAGUUUCCUCAUCCGUGGCUGGGGACAGAACAAGCCUGCAACCUAUGUGGAGCCAGCAAUGCCUCACUACAACAUGUCCUGUCAGGAUGCAGGACAGCUCUGACACAGGGGAGGUUGAGAUGGCCCACGACCAGAUCCUCCGAAAGCUGGCCAAGAUCGUGGAAACAUCAAGGCAUGAGGCGAGCAGAGGAAAGACGGCAGGAGCCCAACUAUACAUCCACUUCCUCAGGCAGGGAGAAGCUCCAGCAGCACCAGGAAGGAUGCCACCUGCACCUGCGACAACUGCAAUUUCCCCAUGAGAUCUGCAGCACCACCCUGCGGCCUGACAUGGUUCUGUGGACCACAGCGGAGAGGAAGGCACUGUUAGUCGAGCUAACGGUGCCAUGGGAAGAGGGGUUGGCGGCUGCCCAUGAGAGGAAGAGGGCAAAGUACUCAGACCUACUGGCAGAGUGCAGGGAGGCCGUGUGAAGUAUGAGAUUAUACCCUGUGGAGGUAGGGGCAAGAGGCUUUGUGGCAGACUCGACAACCCGACUGCUGAGAGACCUCGGUCUGCGUGGCACCAGUCUGCAGAGAGCGAUUAGGGGGCUAUCUGAGGAGGGAGAGAAGGCAAGCUUUUGGCUCUGGCUGAGACGGCGGGACGUAGCGUGGGGAGCAGGCACAACCUAAGAAUGCUAGCUGCAGGGGGUGACAGGGAGACGUCCCUGAGACUGCCCUGCCACCGGGAGAUGUUCUGGGCUAAGGGGCGAAACAUCCAAGAAUGGUGGUCCCCAGCUGAUGACCCUGCAGCUAGCAAACAAGGCACCGUUGGAGGUGCUGCAUGCCAAUGGCAUAGCAGGAGAACACCUACCUGUAUAAAGAAAAGUUCUACGUUUGUCUGCAUUUGUGUUUUGAUCUUUCUUUUCAUAUUCUGGAGGGAUUGAUAAAUGUCAGAUGUUUUGCCACUGUGAUAUUUUAAUAAAUGUUUUAUACCAUAUUUUGAAUUAAUUCAGACCUUUUGUGCAUUUAUUUUUGUCUUAUUACAUUUUUUCCAUUAUUUCAAUUUUGGGGGCGUGGUAGCAAUUUGAUUGAUUUUCAGCCAUUUAUGGCCAUGGUGUGCUGUUUAUAUUUUAUUGCUUUUAUUACACAGUAGGUUUUGUCAUUUUUAUGUAUGAAACAUAAGCUUUUAGCUAAAUUUACUGUAUAUAUAUAUAUAUAUAUAUAUAUAUUUCAUUGUGCUGGGUGCAAAUCACUUGAGUUGAGACGUUUUCUUCAAGAAAUUUGCUACAUUUCACAAUCUGAAUUCACUUAUGUGUAUACUAAGGCACCAAUAACGGUUUCAGGUGUUAGGUAGAUGUAUUUAUGAAAUUUGAGAAAGAUUUUGUCUUGCCAGAAUCAACAUAGCAGUUUUUACAAGCAAAAACAGCAGCACCAUAAUUGUUUUUUGUGUUACUCACAUAUGUACAUUUCUGGCUGGUGACAAAAGUCAGACAGAUAGCCAGAGUAGAUAUUUUAACCCAAAGUCCAGAAUGGUAUUGUCUAUGCAAAAAUGCAUUGAACAAGUAGCACCAGCGUAGUGGAACAAAAUUCACUUUCUAAGCACUUUUUCCUUUGUCCCAAUACAGCCUAGAAGUCAUUUGUAUCAACUUAUGUUAGCUACCUCUGCCAAAUAGCAAUGUGAAACAGCAAAAAUUGAGAGGACAAGCUAAGUACAUGGACUACACAGAUUCUCAGAUGUUGUUUACACACCAACAUUUUAACACCUUACAAAUUUUUAAGCCUCAGGGAUCAUGAAAUAAUGUCUUUCAAACCAAAUGAAUAUGGAAAAUGACUCACCAAGUUGAAUAACGUAAAAAGCUCCAUGAGGGUCAAAACAGGAACUCAUCUACUGCAUUUGAUUUAUUCUGCUCUACAUGCAAAUCAGAUUAACUGAGAAACAUUCAUUUUGUUCCAUGCAUAAGCACUUCAGAUCAGUCCUAUAGUCCAUAUUUGUCGAAAAUAAAGGACUGUUUAAUGAGGUGCAGAGAACAGGAAGGCCAACUCUGUGACAACAAGACAAAGACCAAUGGUCCUCCUUCCAGCAAGCCCAGACAAGUCUUGACACAAUUGGCCAAUCAGAUUAAAGUGCAGGCUAUAAAUUAAUUUUGAAGUUUAUUGAACUCAAAACUAUAAGUGCAUCUAAAUUGUUGAGGCUCAACACAAUUUUUUGAGUUGAAUCAACUUAAAACUGCUAGUGCACAUAUUAAUCAAAUAAUGCCAGUACAACAUACAUACACCAUUUAAGUAAUGCAACAAAUCUCUUUUUUUUUUUCAACUGAUGUAUACUUAAACUAUUUGCACAGAAACUAAUCUGGGUUUACAGUGUACAAGAGGUUGAGAUCUGAAAUGCCCUUGUUGAGAAAUAAGUAUGAUCUGAUUGUAGAACAGGUGGCACUGAACAUGUAACAUCAAUCAAAUUCAGUCAAUCCAAUUUUAUUUAUACAGCACCAAUUCACAACAGUCGUCAUCCCAAGACGCUUUUCAAAAAAAGAGCAGGUCUAGACCAUGCUCAUUGUUUGAUGAAUUACCAAGACCCAACCUAAGAUGUGACAGAGUGGCCUAUCUCAUCUAACAUGAGUGACAGUGGCAAGGAAAAACUUCCUUUUAACAGGCAGAAACCUCGGGAAGGACCACACUCAUAUUAGACAGCCACCAAGCCGCUGCUGAGUUGGGGAGAAAUACAGAGAGAUAGUGAGGGAGAGGAGUAGGAGAGAGGGCAGGGGGAGAGAAAGGGAACAAGGGGGUAGGAAGGAGAGAGAGAAUGAGUAAGGGAGAAGGAUGGAGAGAGAAUAGAGAACAAGGGUGAGAGAGAGAGAGAGAGAGGACAGCAGCAACAUUAAAAACAACAGCAACAACAGCUCAUGCAGAGUUGUGGUUGCAGAGGAAGUAAUGAUAAAACAAUAUGAAUUUAGUUUACAGGAUUAGGAUCUUUAUGUCAUUAAUGUUGGUGAGGCUGAUGUUCAUGUCUGCAGCAACAGUCCAGAGGACCUAAGAGAAGAAGGAGUGGACAAUUAUAAAUGAUGCAGCUGGAGUCAGGCAGGUUCACAGCAGCCGACCGUCUGUAGCAUCAGUCCAGAGGAACCUAGGAGACUGGGGGACUCAGGGACAUUCAGAGAGAUCUGGUUAGUAAUUUGAAGGGAGAAAAUGACUUCAGUGUACAGGAUAAAGAAAUAAGUAAUUAUGGACUAUGAGAAAUUCAUUUAGGUGAUUAAAGUUGGCAGGUCCAAUGGCAGUUUACUCUAGUUUUAUGUUAUUGAUGUCAGUUAGGCUGACGUACAUGACUGCGGCAACGGUCCAGAGGAGCCUAAGAGAUGGAGGAGCUCAGGGUCUGAGGUGGACAAUCAUAGACGAUGCAGCUGGGGUCAGGCAGUUCCACAGCAGACUGUCUGCAGCAUCAGUCCAGAGGAACCUCAGAGACACUCAGAGAGAGAGAGAUUUGGUUAGUAACUUAAAUGGGACAUAAAGAUCUGAGGGAGAGAGAGGGACAGACAGGAGCUCAGUGUGCCAGAUAACCCCUGCAGUCUAAACCUAUAGCAGCAUAACUAAGAGCUGGUUCAAAUCAGCCCUAACUAUAAGCUCUAUCAAAGAGGAAUGUUUUAAGUCUACUCUUGAAAGUUGAGAGGGUGUCUGCCCCCCGAACCUCAAGUGGAAAAUGAUUCCAGAGGAGAGGUGCCUGGUAGCUGAAAGCUCUUCCUCCAAUACUACUUUUAGAGACAUUUGGUACAAUGAGCAGACCUGCAGACUGUGAGCGUAACGGUCUAGAUGGAAAGUAAGGUAUUACAAGCUCUUUGAGAUAUGAUGGAGCCUGGCCAUUAAGCGCUUUAUAUGUCAUAAGGAGGAUUUUAAACUCAAUUCUAGAUUUAAUAGGGAGCCAAUGAAGAGAGGCUAACACCAGUCAUCUACAUCAGUAGAUUGUUGCUUUGAAAGGAACAAUGCCAACUCUGAACACUUUUAAAAAUGCUUUUCAGUUGAAUUGAUUUAAAGCAUGCUGCAUGUUGAUAAACAUGCAAAGUGAAAAACACCUCCAUGUGGUUGUCUCCAGGCCUAUAGGGAGAGUUUAAGUGUUUUGCACAAAAGCACCAAAACAGCUUUGAUCUGAUAUUUGUGUCUUUCUUUCCCUUGUCUUCACAUGUCUCUGCAGCUAUUGACCUGCUGUAUGGAGGGGUUUACUGCUUCAUGUGCCAAGACUACAUUUAUGACAAAGACAUGGAGCAGAUUGCUAAAGAGGAACAGAAUAAAGCUUGGAAAAUGCAAGGUAUGACUGGAUGAAACCCACUCUGUGGCAUAAGCAUGAAUACAAAGCUGAUAAAUGUCUCUUAUGAACAUUACAGUGAAUGUUAAAGCCCUUAUUCAAAGCUUUAACAGAAACUGCACUGUAAGAGAGGAUGUAGUUGUUGUUUGAAUGUGUGACCCUGAGCUGUGUGUCCCAGGGAUGGGAGAAAGGUACUCCACGUGGGAGCCAACUAAAAGGGAGCUAGAGCUGCUCCGCCACAACCCCAAGAGGAGGAGGAUCACGGCCAACUGUACCAUUGGUUAGUUUUUUAUUGACUAUUGACUACCUAACUUUUAGUAGACGUAAUAUUCAAGGUCCAAAACUUACCAAAUUCCACACACACACAUCAGGCUUUGUGAAAAAAAAAAAAGUAUUUUAUGGGUUUCACUGAAUCACUGGCUCGAUAGUGCUCCCUAAAUCACUUGAAAACAGCAUUUUCAACCUGCCAUGAACCCAUUUAUUAUCUUUAACCCGGUAGGUUAAACUUGCCCUGCAUGUUUUAUGGUAAGGACCACAGAAUAAUUUUUAACUCAUCCUAUAAAAACAACAGUAAGUCUAGAAAUUUGGGUUGAAUGUCCCAUUUCAGCAGUUUACAGGGUGCAAAUGACCUGCAAAAUGCACACUAAAAACAUGUGCAAGUUGUUGGGGUGUGCAUGCAAUUUAGCACUUGUUACAUGGAAUCUGUGUAAACCAGGUUCUAAGUAUUUUAGUUCUGAUAUCGUUGCUGCUCGAUGUCCCCACUCCAGCAGCCAUCAUUUACAUGCUGGCUUCUCUACAUCUGUGUCUGUGAUCCCUCUUCCUCACCUUCACCUGUCUUUUCUCUUUAUUCUAUUUUGUUCCUGACCUUCAUUUAUGUUCUCCUCCUCUUCACCAUUAGGUCUGAGAGGUCUGAUAAACCUGGGUAACACGUGCUUCAUGAACUGUAUCGUCCAGGCAUUGACACACACCCCUCUGCUUAGAGACUUCUUCCUGUCAGACCGACACAAAUGUGAGAUGCAGAGCAUUUCCUGUUUGGUCUGUGAGAUGUCUCAGCUCUUCCAGGAGGUAUUUGAGUCCUGAUGUAUACACUUCAUUUAUAAUUGGUUAUUUUAAAAAUAUAGCAGGAUGAGUAGAAGUCAGUGUUGUCUCAUAUGUGUGUUUAUGUUGUUUUUCUCCAGUUCUACUCAGGCCAUCAGUCCCCACACAUUCCCUUUCGUCUUCUUCACCUGGUGUGGACUCAUGCCCGUCACCUGGCGGGUUACGAGCAGCAGGACGCUCAUGAGUUCCUCAUAGCUGCCCUGGAUGUCCUUCACAGACACUGCAAAGGUUGGAUCUGCCCGCAGAUGCACAUUAUAUAAUAAACAUGCAUUUAAAACCAGAGACUAAGAAUUAUGGUGAGACAAAGGUAGAGGAGGAAUACAUCAAGACUUUUUAGCUGCCUCUAUGUGAGACAGAAAUAGACCUGUGAGAAAUGGAGUCUACUGUAUGUAGAGAAAAGGAAGGAGACUGCACUUACCUGUCCUGGAUUCCUUUCCCUGUUUGCAGUGAGUAAAGUGAGGAGCUGUGAAGUUCGACACUAUCGGUGUGUCAGUGUCGGUGUCUCUGUGUGUGUCUAUUAAUGUGUGUUUAUAUCCACACAGAUGACAAUGGGAAGAAAGCCAACAACCCUAACCACUGUAACUGCAUUAUUGACCAAAUCUUCACAGGAGGCCUGCAGUCUGACGUCACUUGUCAAGUCUGCCAGUAAGUUUGCUGGUUUUGAAUUUACGCCAAUAACAUAAAACCCUUUAAGCCUCAGUACAGACACAGGGUGACCUUAAAAAGUCUUGAAAAGUCUUCAAUACAUUUUUACAAAUAAAAGGCCUUAAAAAGUAUUAAAAUGUCUUAAAAUCAGAUCAGAUAAGUCUUAAAUGUGCUUUAGUCACUUCACUAUAAGAAUUCCUGGUAAGCACGGAACAAACGCUUUUCUCAUCUCAUCUCGCUCCGGAAUUUAGAUCACAUGACACAAUGAGACUGUGUUGCAUCCUUGCAAGCCAUCUUUGCUUUCUUAGUUGCACAAAAUGGGAAAAUACCAGUUUAAUGACAAGUGGCUUGAAAACUCAGCUCAUAGAUAAAGAAAGGCAAGAUGACACGAGGCGGAGUCACUGGCGUCCCUAUACAGCGGCCCUCUUUCCACAGUAUACCAUACUGGUAUGCUCUAUGGUAGCUGCCGGAAGGUUAGUAGUCUGCAUGAUCAAAUAUACUCCUAACUUGCUGAAAUCUUGACAGAUUUACCAAUGGGUUUGUUUCUUACGAACCUUGAUAACGUGGCUAUGAGACAGGAUGCUUGGACAGGUUAAAAUUAAAGCUUUUCUUAGAGAAAAAAAGACUAAAUCGUGCAGCACAGUUGAUUCAUGGCCAUUUGCACAUGCAAGGGAUAACUUUGAGUCGCUUUGCGGGAGUUGUCAAGGCCAAGACUGCGAUGGAGAUUCCAAUUUCUUGUAUGACAGCCUUUUUUGUCUAAGUGACAGUCUUUGUGGAUGUGCUUGUGUUUGUUAGCUGUCUAACUUGGCAAACAGACUGACGCCUGGUUCACACAGGAAGCGCCGCGCGCGGAACGGAAGCGCCGUGCACAGAGUUUCGGAUCGGCGCCCAUGUUAACCUAUGAGACUGUUCACACAGCUCGUGCGCGGAAGCGCCGCGCGCGGAGCGGCUCGCGCUCUGGAGUGCGGCCGCUCCGCUUCUCUCUAUUUUUGGCGCGAGCCGCGCACGCCAAUUGUAAAGCUGGACAGAGCAGAUCGGACCAGACAGGAAGUCGGAACAGGAGAUGCGAGAGAAAUAAAAUAAAUUUCAAUAAAUUAGAAAACAAGGAUUUACGGUGUUGCUUGUCAGUCUAUUUUUUACCGAUGAACACGCGCACACACACACACACACACACACACACACACACACACACACACACACGGAGGGAGAGCUGCAGAGAUUCAGUGAUGUUAUUGAGACAAAGGAGGGGGACUUUAUUACGAUACAGUCAAUAGCCUCGAGCUAACAAGGCUAUACAUACAACGGAGUCAACAGACUCCCCAAUUUAUUCGUUGUUUACCCCUAUAUAAUAAUUUAAAACAAUACUUGAAGAUGCUGCCAAUAUUUAAUUUAUGUAUGACGAAAUAAAAACGUAAAUAAAUAUUGAUUUACCCAUGUUUAAAGCGCUCCUAAGUGUGGAAAACUGAGGGCAGACGGAAACGGCCGAGCACUGCCGGGCUCAAUCAAUGUCUGACCGGCGUGUCAGAGCGCAGCAGAAAACGCUUUAUCUGUGAACAGCCAAGCGCGAUACGACGCUGUGCGCGCGGUGCUUCCUGUGUGAACCAGGCGUGACUGUGAGUGAGACCAAGUACGUAUUACAAAGUUGACCCAGCAAUUUUACAUCAGUAAGAGAGGCAGAAAUGCUCUUUCGUUAAUAAACACAUUUGAAGAAUGUUCUUGAAAAACUGAUUAUUUUCCUUUGUCCUUAUUGUACAUUUUUGACUUAAACCAAUGCUUUUAAUUGUAAAAUAAUAUAUUUUCACUUUGGUCUGUAUUUCCAUCACAAGUUUGGUCUUAAAUUUUCUUUAAUGUGGUAUUAAAAAGGUCUUACAAAGUCUUAACUUCUUCAUACCUGUAGUCAUCUUGAGACAGUAUGACACAUCUGAGACAUAAAUCCCAUAAGAAAUGUUCUUCACACAAGUCUCAAACUUUGACCCUGUCUUUUUCCUGCCUCAAAUUGAUCCCUCUGCCUGACCUCUUCUUUAGAGUUUACAGUAAAUCUCACACACAGUCACACUCAUCAACAACAGAAGAGAGUUCUCCAUAAAAUUGGUAUCUGGUUCCAUCUGUUGGCAGCAUCAUGUCUUCUAUACUUCUUUUUUAAAACUUGACAUGCUGCCCUCAUGUUGACUUUCACAGUCAUUUGUAAACGAAUCACAUCAAAGUUGUGGAUGAAUACACCCCCAGGGGGCGCCAUUGUUAGAUAAACGGCAUCAGAUAAAACAUUUACUCUUACUCUGUGAUCUAUGUGGCAGACUUGACCCUAUCUGCGGAAAACUGUGGCUUGAACACUAACUAGUGAUAGGAACUCAUACAAUCCCACUUUAAAAACACUGAAAUAUCCCUUCAACCAGACUAGCCUGAAAGUAAAUUCAGCUUUGUUCAAACUUCGACUCUUCAAAGGGUGUCUGUGUUUCUCUCUCCUACUCAUAGAGGUGUCUCCACAACUAUAGACCCAUUCUGGGACAUCAGUCUGGACCUUCCAGGCCCCUCAACCCCAUUCUGGCCCCUCAGUCCUGGAGGAGACGGCUCGGGACUCAACGGAGAGAGUCACAUCAAUGGAGCCACAACACUUACAGACUGUCUGCGAAGGUAACAACAUUACAGAUCUGUCCUUUGCCUGUCAAGAUACUCCAUGUAAGAAAACCAGUGCAGCUGCACGUCCCUCAGAGUGAGAGUCAAACAAAACGUGACAAACACACCCUCACAAACAGUGAACCAGGAUUAUACACUCUUCCUCUUAAACUCAUGUAGUAUCAAGUUUCAUCUUCUCUACUGUGCAGGUUUACCAGGCCAGAACAUCUUGGCAGCAGCGCUAAGAUCAAGUGCAGCGGUUGCCAUAGUUACCAGGAGUCCACUAAGCAGCUGACCAUGAAGAAGCUGCCCAUUGUGGCCUGCUUUCACCUCAAAGUAAGAGUGUGUGUGUUUGCUGGUUUUAGAGGUUAUUUGAUAUGAGAGGAGUGCUGUGAAGCUGAGAGAUCACCUUUGGUUUGUUUGCAGAGGUUUGAACAUUCAGCUAAACUGCGGCAGAAGAUCACAACCUAUGUCUCCUUUCCACUGGAGCUGGACAUGACCCCCUUCAUGUCCUCCAGGUCAGCACAGUCAACAAUGAAAAAACAACAAUAUAAACAAAUUAGGAGGUGUAAGUUAGGUGUAUUUUUUGUUGUAUCUGUAAAACAGACAGACUUUUUUUUGGACUCUCUGACUCUUGACAUUUUUAGGAAGAAAGAACAACAGUGGUGAUCAAGUUGGUUCUGCUUUGUGUUUCAGUAAAGAUUGCAGGCUGAACGGGCAGUACCAACAGACUGUGGAUCCCUUCAACAAUGACAACAAGUAAGAAAAAAAAUGUUUUUAAACCCAAUCCUGAAUUUUCUGAUUCCAAACAACCAGCACACUCAUGUUAGCAGCCCCAGCUCAACACUUUUUGGGUCUGUGGUGCAGUGAACUCAUAAAAAAAUAUCUUCAUCUCUUUUUUUUCCCCUUCUCCCCCUUUGAAUGAAUCAUAUUUGUAAACCUCUGUUUACAGAGAGAAGCCUCCAACAUCUCAGGACUUUUCAAAUGACAUAAACAAAUGCUGGUUUUGUCACUAUAAACUACAGCAAAGUCAAAUCUAUAUGUUCUGUUAUUUACUUGUGUAUAUCAGUACUGUAGAUCCUUUAAAUACAAGCCCAGUCAUUUCUUUGCUUUUACUGCCUAUUGUACCAGGCCUUUAUAUGAAGAAGGCUUGUAUUAGAGGCAGACUUCUGUUAUUCUCUGAGUCACAGAGGUUCAUAAUCUUUCAUAUUCUAGUACAGAGUGAGGGCCUAUUCACUAAACCUAACCACAAAGCAUAAAGGUUCUAAUGCCCCCCACAAAACUGCACUGCUUAUGAAAUAACAUCCUGCACCAGUAGUAUUUGCCAAAUACCACCCUCUCAUUCUGUACAAAUGAGUUGCAAAAACCAAAACAAAUGAGAACUUAUCAGCAUUAUUACACUCAACUCUUGGUGAUUAAAAUAUUUUCUCUUUUGAAUGAGGCAAAAAGAAUAUAUCCAUGCAGAAGUCUUUUCAUGUGAGUUUGACUCUGCCUUAUUUAUAACCAUCAAAAGAUAUAUCAGACUGGGUCUUUCUGUGACUCAGCCCCUACAUCAGGGGUGGGCAGUUAAUUUUUACAUGGGGCCACAUGAGAAACAUGAACUGUGUAGGUGGGCAGAAUCAACAAUAACUUCAACCUUUUUCUGCUCUAUAUUCAUUAUCUCCCGUUGUAAAAGCAGUAAUUUAAACCCACAGACAUAAACGCCAUAUUACUUGCUGGAGCGUAAUCCAGUGUUGCCGCCAUAUUGGAUGGUGUCCUCACUCCGGGCUCGCACAAGAGCCAAACGGAGUCAAUUGAGAACGAACAACUGUGCCUGUAUCUGUGCACUCUACAGUUGAAAAAAAACAAAUCAGUAUUGAAACCAGAUCAUGUAUGAUUACAUUUCACAAGUAAGAUGGAAAAAUAAUUUUGGUUAUUUUUAAUGUGUGACGGUGUCCUGUAGUAUAGCUACAUCUCUGUCAUUUGUAACAAACCAAACCGUGUGAAAAUCAGGCAGAAACUCUGAAAGUAAUGGGGGGGGGGGGUGACCUACUGAGUCCUAGGUUGCGCCACAUAAAAACAAAUCAAAUCAUCGUAGUGUGGCUGUGCACCACAAAUCAUCAUUGUUGUGGCUGUGCACCACAAUUAAUUACAUGUAAGGGAAACCCUGUACAUCUAUUAUUACAUUAUGCAUUAGCAAUGGCAAAAUUAUGAUUAACACAGUUAACACAUAAAAACUAUGAAUAACUUAAAUUUUUAAACUUUGAUUAAAAGAAAUGGGUUGGGUUGAAAAAUUUAAUUUUUGAAAUAUUUUCCCCACUUACCGCCACUCAUUCUUACUCUGUCUCCUCACUCAUUUCUCUGUCACUCUGUGCUCUGGCGUACAUGAGGAUGAUGUGCCGUGUGUCAGGGGGCAUGCCAAGUACACAAUUCAGGAAACAGUGGUCUGGAAAGAACAAACUACCUACCGCACUCGCGUUUUGCUUUGCUUUUGUGGGGAGCUGUGAGAUAAUUGGGGGAAUUCAUCACACAGACAAAAGAAAGCCCCCAAAAAAACGCAACGCAUGACUCACAAGUUUUACAAGCCCAAAGUCGCUUGUAAUAACCGGACUUGACAACUACAAGGCGUCUACAUAUACGAAUGCAGAUCAAGGAUGUACGCAAGUGUGUCCAAACGGAAAUAAAACAACGGCUAGGUUUUCAAAAUAAAAGCAAAACACUUGUAUUGCAUGUUCAUGUUCUGAUUGGCAAACCUCAGGAAGGGCCAGGCAGGGACAUCCAAAGAUUUCUUAUUAACCCUAUCCCAGAUUGCUUAGUUACAGUGCCUUUCUAACGAUGGAUUAUUUUUGAAGAAGAGGAAGAGGACGCUAUUAAUUCACUCACUGCGGAGACAGAAAGCUGGUCAUAAACUGUGAAGUUUGUCUUUUCUGUCAUGAAUCAACUCCACAAUAAAAUAAUGAGAACUUCUCCUUUUCAUCCAACUCAUCACAUGCUGUAAAAGGAUGGAAUUUAUCACUGUCAGGACUACAGAGUGAAUAGAUGGUGUCAAUAUUUCAAGAUGGCCUUGAAUCACUUGUCAAGGUCAUGGUCCCAGAUCACUAAAGAGGCCUUGAUAGGAUUGGAUAGCUUUUUUUAUUUAAGGGAUUUACAGGGUAUAAUAGAAACAUUUUUGUAUAAGUGUAAUUGGAUGAAGAUGGAUGAAUCUUGGAUGAAGACAGCAAGGAAGCAGUUAAGCAGAUAGCACCGAGACCCCCCCCCCACCACCACCACCCACACACACACAGAAACACAGAAACACCAUCUGCUCCAUUUGAAGGUCCAGUUUACUUUUACUUUAUUUCUCCGAAUCCAGGUGAGCUUUCAAUCCUUGCAGUUCAGUUUCUGCACCAACUCUACAUGCAUCAGCUGCUCCAUGCACCUUCUUUUCAAAUCUUGAUGAAGCUUCAUCACAUUUAGAAAAGGGGCAGUUUUUUCCCUUAUCAAUGUAAACUGGCCAAUAUCAGCACAGAGACUGGACUUGUUCUGCAACGCAGUUUUGGUUGCAUGUUACCCUUUGGUGGGUGGCUUUGUGUAGUGGUCUCUCUUAAUCUCAUUUGCAGUGGUUUACUGAUUGCAAAAGUCAUGCAAACCUUGGGUGAAUCAGGUCCUGAAUGUUAUUUAUGUCUGUUAUUUCACAUAGGUCAACUCAAGGACCUCAAGAGUUUGCAAACUUGUGCCUUUGUUUAUCAGUUAGAAUUAGUGUCUGUGAAGAAAUCCACCUUUUCCCUCUCUUCCUGUGUUUUAGGUAUAGUUUGUUUGCAGUCGUCAACCACCAAGGCACAUUAGAGAGUGGUCAUUACACAACCUUCAUCCGCCAGCACAAAGACCAGUGGUUCAAAUGUGAUGAUGCCAUCAUCACCAAGGCCAGCAUCAAGGAUGUCCUCGAUAGUGAAGGGUGAGCAAGUCUGUAUUUAGUGAGAAGUAACCUAAAAGUGUUUUUAAAUCCCCUUGGUAGAGAACUUGUAUUAUGAUGUCCUGUUUGUUUUUCAAACCUCUGCAGGUACCUGCUGUUUUACCACAAGCAGUUUCUGGAGUAUGAGUAAUUUCUGUAAUCAGUACACCCUGACAGAUGAGGAUUUGUUGGACCAGACAGAGUGAAGAGAGAGGGACCCAAACAGAAGCACAAUUUCUACCAGGCUAGUUCCACUGUGCAACAGGAACACAACACUGUCUGCGAUCCAAGACUGAACAGAAGUGCAGAAACAAGAUUAAAUGCAAAGACUGGCACCAGCACUGAAGAACUGUUUCACACUUAAAUUUGGGCGAUGAAGGAGAAAAAAGCUGCUUAUCCUCUAUUAGCCCUAAGGGGAGAACCAGCUUUCCUACUUUUCAAAGACAGAGACAGAGUCUGUUGUAAACCUCCAAAGAUAUGUGAAACUGUUCUGAUGGAAAAGGUUUACCUGACAACAUAUGCUGUUCACCAAUGCCAAACUUUGAAGCUGCAUUCAGUCUGGAAGUGUCCAUUUCCUCGACAAAGACUUCAGGCUCUGCCAGAGUGUAAGAAAGGAACUUUUUUCACCCACUGAACUGGACACAAGCACGCAGACCAAAUAUCUGAGGGAUUAAGUUGUCUCCCUAUGCAAUUUUUUGGGAGCUGGAAUGAACAGAAAACAGCAGGACUGUACAGGGUUAAAGAAAGACUCUACCACACUCAUAUGAAUUUUGUGGUAUACGGAUGCAGAUAAUUGGCCCCUAAUUUAGCUCUCAGCUGUCAUGGAGGUCUACAUGUUUACAGUUUUUCAUCCUCCCUCACUCAUACAUAAUGUUACGUUGUACGAUCAGUCAUGUCUAUUGCAUAAAAAAAGCAAACCACUGCCGAUGUCUUUCAAAUCUGCUUCCAUUGCAGCAAAGUUAUUUUUUUACGUAUAAGCCGGGCCACUUUUGUAAAGUCUGUUCUCCUUCUGAAGACGUCUUCACAACACAAUCGGUGAUGCUUUCUGAGAUAAUGGUUAAAAGGAGAUCAAUUAAAGUCUAAGUAUUUAUCCAGUGUAUCAUGGCUCAGAGGUGUUACCCUUAAGUAUUUACUGUCACUGUAUGUUGUGUGAGUGCGGGAGAAAGAGGCGGUAAAAGCAGAGUUCAAAUGUGGGGGGGGUGUUAAAGGGGCACUUGUGUGAUGCCUUUUGUAGCACUUUUUCAAUGCUCCGGAGGGGCUGUAGUCCUUGUUGCAGUAGUGAAGUUAUCAGCCUUUCUGGAUUGUGUUGAAAGUUUCCUCUUUACAUUGUUGUUUCCACCUGCAUUUGUGGCAAACUGUGGUCACAUAAAGUGGUUUUUGAGGUGACUUUGAGCCUGUGCAGUGAUUCCCAUCACAGAGCCAUGUCUGGUUUUGCCACCAGAGGGCCCCUGGACCAUUGCCUUUGAGUUCUAGAGUUCAACAGGGUUUUUUGAGAAUAACUCUCAACAUUUUUUCCCUGUUUGGAUGAUAUAGUUUUCAGAAAAUAUAGUUUUUGUCUUUGUUAAAGCCUAUUAUGAUUAAAAACAAACAAUGAUCUAUCAGGACAGUAUCUGGAUUGAGAGUGAACUCUUUCACACAGCUGCAGCUCAGGGGUGAAGAAGACUGAAAAGAACAGUAAAUCAUAAAUAUUUGUUCCUUAUUUGAACGGCCCCCUGAUUAUGAAUUCAUAUUACUAACAUAAACAAAUAAUGGAAGAACAAUAAUAACAUGUAACUGUACUUCAUGAAGUCUUCAACAUUUUCAGAUCAACUAAAAACAUUCAUAUAAGAAAAAUAUAGUCUUUUUCUUUAAGAGAUCACAUUCAUAUCCUCCUCUCUCCUGUCUUGUUCUUUCCUCUUUUUUUCUUCCAUUUUCUUUUCACUUUUCUCACAAAAACACAUCACGACAGGAUUAGGGGGGAUUAGAGAUGUUUUUGGAUCCUUGGAAGCUUUAGGUGGUCUGGUGGAACCAUCUUGUGGAGACUCCCUGGGUACUACUUGGGCUCUGUGGAAGAACAAUGCAGCCAUCUUAUAGAGCCCAAAUGGUAGUUUAGAGGGAGUCAAUUGAGGCUCACUUGGAGCAGGAGGUUGGCUGAAGGAGCCAAGAGAGCAAGGGCAGGAGGAGGAAGAGAGGCAAGGAGCAGAAGCAUGAAAAAGACCAGAUGCCGAAAUCCUGAGGUGGAUGAGCCAUGGGAUGAUAACUAAUGUCCAGAUGUACGCCAGCUCGUAGUAAAAAGAAUAACCUCCAGACAACUGUUCCACUUCUUACUGACAAACAGGGAGCAUUUACUGCAUCAUACUGUUUUAGGUAAAUGUCAGUGAACAUAUUUUAAUGAUGGAGGCAGAGACAGAAUAAAAGUCAUUCAAAAUAAAUGCCAUGGGUUAGAUUUAAAGUCUGCUGUCAUCAAAGUGUUUCAGUUGUAGCUAAAAUAGUUUGAUAUACACUACAGGCCAAAAGUUUGGAAGCAACAUCAGAGUUGUACAAAAAAAGAUCAUAGUUUCAUAUAUAUAAUUUGCAACACAAUGAACAUGACUAUUGUGUAAAGAGUAACUUAUCAGAAGACAUUUUGACUAUAAUUAUUAGGUAUUUGAGUUAUUGUUGCUUAGACUUUGCUUUCUUUAAAGUAACCUCCUCUGGCUUUAACAACAGCUUGAAGUAUACCAGGCAUUCGUUCCACAAGUUUUUUAAGGUAUGUUCCAGGGAUUGUAUUCCAAGCGUUCAUUAAAAAGAGACUGCUGAUUCUUGGGACGUGUUUUUCUGACCGACCGAUCGAUCCAAUUCAUCCCGCACAAGCUCAGUUGGAGAAAGGUCUGGAGACUGAGGGGGCCAAACCAUCUUUUGAAGAACACCUUCCUCUUCUUUUUUGUCUAGGUAACCCUGACAGAGCUUGGCAGAAUGCUUUGGGUCAUUGUCUUACUGCAAAACAAACUUAUGAGCCACAAGUCUGAGUCCAGGUAGAACAGCAUGGUGCUGGAGGAUGGAGUGGUACUGUUCCUUCUUCAUGAUACCCUUUACUUCAAACAAAUCUCCUACUCCAUCACCUGCAAAACAUCCCCAUACCAUGGAACUACCACCUCCAUGCUGAAUUGUGGGUGUAACACAUGGUGCUUUCAGACGUUCACCAGUUUGUCUGCGGACAUAGACUCUGUGUUUUUAACCAAACAGUGCAAACUUGUUUCUAGUCAUCAUAAGUCCAAUUUUUGUGAGCUUUUGCCCAUUCAUAUCUCUUUUUCUUGUUCUGUGGAUGAAGUAGUGUUUUUUUGCAGAUAUACAAUCCCUCAGACCAGCCUUUUUUCAAACGUCAUUUCACGGUUGUCAGAGAUAUGGGUUUCGACCUUGUCAUGUUGAUUUCCUCCCUUAUUUGUGGUGCUGUCUUUUGCCAAUCUCUCUUACUGAUGACAAUGCUAUGUUUAUCCUCUGCUUUUGUAGUAACUCUCUUUCGUCCAGGUCUUUUUCUAUCAUCAUAACUUCCAGGUUCCUCUAGUCUCUUCAGAGUGUAGUGGACUCCUUUGUAUAACAACUUUAGGCGUUUUGCAAUUUCUUUUUUCUUAUUAUCUUUUGCUGACAUAUAUUUAGCAAUGGUCUGUUAACAUCAGUGUAUAUCUAAAGGUAAAUGGAGUAAAAUGGUGCAUUUCCAUGAAAGCAACAUCUGAUCAUGGAGUAAAUACAUCCCAAAAUACAUAAAACUCAUGGUGGAUUUUAAAAAAAAGCAUCGUGAACAAAAACUUGAAGUUACUCCCAACUGUACGGCCUGUAAUGGCCUUGCUUCCAAACGUUUGGCCUGUAGCGUAGUUUAUAAAGACAUUGACCAAGACAAGGAGGCUCUGAGGAAUGACUUCAACCAAAUUCAUCUAAAGAAAUGCC